GGGAUUUGAGAAUUUACAUGGGAGAUCACUCUAAUAUUGAAUUAUGAAGUAAUCCCAGCAGAUGGCAUUAUGCACAGAUUUCCAUUGAGUGUUCUGAGGGCUCCAAAACUUUCACAGUCUGUGAGCAGCCAGAUUUUAUCCCCUAGAAUCCAGGCUUCAGUGGUGAUGGCACAACAUAGGCCCAAAACAACUAAAGCUGUUAUAUUUGAUCUAGGUGGAGUUGUCGUCCCAUCUCCUUUGGCUGCAUUUCAAGAAUAUGAGAAGAAAUUAGGGCUCCCGAGAGGAAGUAUUUCUGGCGCUGUGGUGGAGAGUGGAGACAAUGGGGCGUGGAACAGACUGGAACGCGGAGAGAUUUCUCUGUCAGAGUUUGCCGACAAAUUCAGUGAAGAAGUCUCCAAAAAGGCAGGUAAAAGAGCAGACAUGUCUGGUUUGAUGAAAUUCAUAGGAAAUAGCCUGAUGAAGCCCAACCAGUCCAUUAUAGAUGCUGUAAAGUCACUGAAGAUAGAGGGCCUGAAGACUGCAUUACUGACCAACAACUGGCACUGGGAGGGGGAGGGGCCAAAUAGAGUGAUGGACAGAGACCUGUUUGAUGUGAUUGUGGAGUCAUCUAAGGUUGGAGCACGUAAACCAGAGAGAAGGAUAUACGAGAUUUGUUUGGAGCAGUUAGAUGUUCGAGCGGAGGAAUCAGUGUUCCUGGAUGACCUCGGAGUAAAUUUAAAGGCAGCGAAGGCACUGGGUAUCAGAACCAUCAAGGUAACAGAUCCAACCAAAGCUGUCCUUGACCUUGAACAGGAAGUAGGAGGACUUUGUCUGCGUCGUUUUGUUGACGAUACGACCACCGUCCCAGAGCACCUGAGGAUUCCGAUGGACAGACUGGAGACGUACUUCAACCAGCAGCUUAAUCUUCACUCUCCAGAGCCCCCUGUUAUAAGGUGUUUCCGACACGGACAGUCUAACCCAACAUACUAUGUUUACUACGCAGGGAAACAUCUUGUUCUACGGAAGAAACCACCUGGUAAACUCCUGCCCUCUGCUCAUGCUGUAGAGCGAGAGUUCAGGGUGAUGAAGGCAGUGGGGCAAUGGGGAGUCCCCAUACCUAGGAUGUAUGGAUUGUGUGAGGACAGCAGUGUCAUCGGUACUCCAUUUUAUGUGAUGGAAUAUUGCAAAGGUCGGAUAUUUAAAGACCUUGACCUUCCGGGAAUGACCAAUCAGGAGAGACGAGACAUAUACAUUGCCAUGGCAGACACACUGUGUAAGAUUCACCGAGUGGAUAUUUCUAAGGCAGGCCUGGAUGAUUAUGGUAAAAAAGGUGGCUAUUUAAGGAGGAACCUUAAUCGUUGGACAAAGCAGUAUGAGGCCAGUAAGACAGAGGAAAUUCCAGCCAUGAACAAGCUUAUAGACUGGCUGUCACAACACCUGCCAGAGAAGGAAGCUGUUACCAUAGCUCAUGGUGACUUUAGACUGGAUAAUUUAAUUUUCCACCCAACAAAACCAGAAGUGAUUGGAGUUUUAGACUGGGAGCUCUCCACCAUAGGGGAUCCAAUAACAGACCUGUCAACGUGCCUCCUCAACUACUACCUGCCAGCCAAUUUCCCGAUGAUCAGAUCCUUAAAGGAAACAGAUGUGAAAUCUCUGGGAAUCCCCACCGUGGAGGAAUUUAUCGACAUUUACUGUCAGAGGAUGGGAAUUCCCGCCAUUUCUAACUUCGAUUUCUACGUGGCUUUCGGACUUUUCAGAUUUGCAGCAAUCAUACAAGGUGUCUACAAACGGGCUAUUUCAGGACAAGGCAGCGCCCCUAAUUCGGUGCUUGUUGGAGAAUUUGCUAAGCUGAUAGCAGAGCUAGGGUGUGAGAUUGCAUCCAGCAGUAACCUCCAACCUACAGUGUCCCCCAUUGGUGGGGGCAUUCAGACAGAGAACAUGUCAGGGAAGAGGAACUACAGCAUAGGGACCGCGGGGACAGCCAAUCAGAUGGUAGUAUCCCCAGAAGGACUUUCCCCCAGGGCCAAGGACCUUUAUGACCGUGUCAAGGACUUCAUAGAGAAGGAGGUCAAACCGGCAGAGAAAGAGAUCCUGGAGUUUUAUAAACCAGAGCAGAACCACUGGAGGGUGUGUCCUGUGAUCCCACGACUGAAGGAAAAAGCUAAAGCUGCAGGGUUAUGGAACUUGUAUCUCCCGAAGGAAUCUGACCCUGGGAUGAAGUACGGGGCAGGUCUCUCCAAUCUGGAGUAUGCAUUCAUGUGUGAAGAGAUGGGAAAAUAUCCACUAUCAUCAGAGGUGUUUAACUGCCAGGCCCCUGACACAGGAAACAUGGAGGUCUUAGUCAGGUACGGGACGGAGGAACAGAAACGACAGUGGUUAACUCCCCUGCUUAACGGAGAAAUCAAGUCCUGCUUUGGCAUGACUGAACCUCAGGUAGCUUCUUCAGAUGCCACCAAUAUUGAAUCCUCCAUCACGAGAGAGGGGGAUCACUACGUCAUUAAUGGACACAAAUGGUGGACCUCAGGUGCUUUACAUCCAGACUGUAAGGUGUGUGUAUUUAUGGGGAAAACAGACAAGUCUGCUGCCACACACAGACAACAGAGUAUGAUCCUGGUACCGAUGGACGCCCCCGGGGUCAAAAUUGUCAGACCCCUCACCGUGUUUGGCUAUCUAGACUACCCAGCUGGGCAUGCAGAGGUGAUAUUUGAGAACGUGAAAGUUCCCCUCGGCAACAUGUUGCUAGGUGAGGGGCGUGGCUUUGAGAUUGCUCAAGGUCGCCUGGGUCCCGGCAGGAUACAUCAUUGUAUGAGACUUAUCGGCAAUGCUGAACGAGCCCUCCAACUCAUGCUGGAAAGAACACAGAACAGGGUGGCCUUUGGAAAGCCUCUGGCAGCACAGGGAACAAUACAGCAAGACGUGGCUAAGUCUAGGAUUGAGAUUGAGCAGACUCGGCUACUGGUGCUCAAGGCAGCUCACAUGAUGGACAACUAUGGCAAUAAGGUGGCAGCUCCAGAAAUAGCCAUGAUUAAGGUGGCAGCUCCCAACAUGGCCCUGAAUGUAAUUGAUCGUGCCAUACAGGUGCAUGGUGGGGCUGGCGUAUCCUCAGAUUUCUGUUUGGCUAGACUGUUCGCAAAAGCUCGUGUGUUACGCUUGGCUGACGGACCAGAUGAAGUCCAUUUGAGGCAGGUCGCCAAGUUUGAGUACAGAAAGGCUAGAUUAUAACUAUACCGCUUCAGAUGACUCUAUAAUAUGUCUGUGAUGAUUUUUUCUGUGAUUUCAUUGAAUCGACAUUACACACAGUUGUAAUACUGCAUGAACAACAUAAUAAUCAUGUAUCUAUAUAGCAUGAUCAAUAAAAUGUCAUGUCCACAGUCCUUUUGAUGAAAUGGUGUUAUAUGUUUAUUGUUAUAUUAUAUUUUUAAAUACAAUAAAACAAAUUAUAUCAUA